AUUUGGUCGCAUAUCAGUACCGUUCGAUCUAACGAUACUGCCAUGCCGUCAAGCGAAACCACCCCGUCUCCCGUCAUCUUUGACCGGAACUUCCUACAUGGUUUCGCAACGUCCGCCGUACAGAUCGAAGGAGGCUCGAAGGCCGGAGGAAAAGGACCUUCCGUCUGGGAUCGAUACUGUGACAAAGGUCAGAUCUUUGAUGGAUCGACGUGCAGGGAGGCUCGAAGCUCUUUUGUACUGUGGGAGCGCGAUGUCGAGCUUCUUGUGGCGCUCGGAGCUACAGCGUAUCGUUUCAGCAUCAGUUGGCCGCGAAUCAUGCCUACUGGCUCCCGUCACGACCCCAUCAAUGAAGCUGGAAUCGAGUACUAUUCGAACCUCAUCGAUCGUCUACUGUUCCACGGCAUUGAACCCAUCGUGACCAUUUUCCAUUGGGACACGCCCGAAGCCCUCGAUGCCAGCUAUGGAUCUUGGAGGAACCAUACCGAGAUGGUGCCCGACUUUACGGCCUACGCCCGGAUCCUCUUCGAACGCUUCGGCGACCGCGUGUCCAAUUGGAUCACCAUCAACGAGCCGAUUGCUGUCAAUUUUUUCGCCAACAUGGGUCUAUACAAGAACUGGGAUGCCAAGGCGGACGUAUGGAAGAGCGUCUACACCAUGAUCAGGUGUCACGCCGAGGUGUCGCAUCUCUACAAAACCGUCUUUCAAGCGGUCCAGAAGGGUCGCAUCGGUAUCACCUUGUCGGCGGACUGGGUCGAGCCCAUCGACUCGAGUGACCAAGCCAAGGAGAUGGCUCAGCGCAAACUCGACUUCUUCUUUGGUGUGUUUGCAGACCCGAUCUAUUUUGGAGACUAUCCCGAGAGCGUCAAGCAAGCUGUUGGCGAUCGUCUUCCGGCGUUGUCGUCGGACGACAAGGCGAAGCUCAAGAACUCUUGCGACUACUUCUGUUUGAACAGCUACUCCGCCUCUUGGGCUCUGAAGGGUCCUGCCAAAGAUCACCAACCGGGACCUUUCGACGACAUGUUCGGUAACACGCAUGACACGCAUCAUCAUCCUCUCACCGGCGAACCGAUCGGUAAUCCCGGUCAACCCUUCUUCCUGUUCGAUACGCCUUGGGGCUUUCGCAAGAUGCUCCGCUACGUGCAAGAUCGAUACCUGCGCCCGUGCAGGAUUCCGCUGUUCAUCACCGAGAACGGGUUCGCCGUCAAGGGCGAGGCGGAAUUGGACGAGACUGAGGCUAGGCGUGGGGAAGAUGCAGAGAGGGUGGCGUACUUCAAGGGGUACCUCGGAGAAUUGGCGGCUGCGGUUCAAGAGGACGAUCUCAGAGUUUGCGGAUAUAUGGCCUGGACACUGAUGGACAAUUGGGAGUGGAAGAUGGGCUGGACCUGUCGUUAUGGCGUCUCCUAUGUCGACCCGGAAACUCAGCAACGUGUGCCCAAGGCGAGCGCGAGGUGGAUUCAGCAGUUCUUCAGAUCGUCCGUAGCGAGAUGAGCAAAAGCCCUCUCGAAUGCAGUCGGAACGGCGCUUCUCGACGUGUACUUGACUUCGACUGUAGAUCGUCUUACAAACCUUCUGAUGUGUUGCUGGAAUGGAGACCAUACUUUGACCGUUAUCGAUUCGAUUUUCCCGCGGCCAUCUGUUUCAGCUUUGCGCGUUCAAAUGAAAGCGAAACCGAGCAGCGCAUUCCGUCGUUCGACCUCGUCGCUCUGCCAGACAGAGGUUGAGUCAUGG